UUCUUCAUAGUGCCAUUGAAGUGAGUCAUCUCGAGGAAGUGUGGUAAAAAGGAAAAGAGAAAAAAAAAGUUAGAACUGUUCCGUGAACUGCAGAGACCUGCGAUCGAGUGUGUAGUAGGCAAGACGACGGAAAAUAUUCAGCAGAUUAGGAAGGCAAUAGGUUUUUAAGCGAAUGUUAACCUGUGUGAGUCACUCUGUAACUACAGGUUCGCUUCUCUGAACUGGAUCUGAUCGCAGAGGGUGUGCUGUUGACUUAAGGCUGAAGUUUGCGCACCUGAGAAGAUCUGGAAUAGUGCAGUAUAGGUGUACCUGCGCGUCAACAAUAAUAAAUGCACACCUAGAAACAGUUUUUACAGGCAGGUCGAAUACGCUGUAUUUAUUGUGGCAGUAUCUGUAGGAUGUUUUAGGUCAGUUUAGAGGAGCAUAAUUGCACUUGCACUGUUUUUUCCAACUCUUCUCUGGAUAUCAAAAAUUAACGUCUCGAGUCAGAGGAUUUUUUUCUUUUGGUGCCUUUUUACUGCGAGGAUUUAAAAAAAAAAAAAAAAGGUUUCAGAGCCCUCACAGUCUACUGAAAUCUUCCUUUUUCCUGGAUCAUGUACCAGGACUACUCCGGGAACUACGACACCUCGUCCCGCGGCAGCAGCACCUCUCCGGCCCAGCCAGAGUCCUUCACAAGCGGCAGCAGUACGAUCGGCAGUCCGAUCUCUACCUCGAGUUACCAGAAGUAUAGGGUUGACAUGCCCGGCUCCAAUAGUGCCUUUAUUCCCACCAUCAAUGCAAUCACUACCAGCCAAGACCUGCAGUGGAUGGUGCAGCCCACCGUCAUCACCUCCAUGUCCAACCCGUACUCCCGCUCCCACCCGUACAGCCAUCACCUGACCAAUGGGCCAGGGCUGCUGGGACACAACACGCUGGCUCGACCCGGGGUCAUCCGUUCCAUUGGGGACACUAGGAGCCGACGCAAGAGGGACGAGCAGCUCACCCCAGAGGAAGAGGAGAAAAGGCGGGUGAGGCGUGAGAGGAAUAAGUUAGCAGCCGCCAAAUGCCGUAAUCGCAGGCGAGAGCUCACAGAGAUGUUGCAAGGGGAGACUGAGAAACUGGAGGAGGAGAAAGCAGACCUUCAGAAGGAGAUUGAGACUCUGCAGAAGGAGAAAGACAAGCUGGAGUUCAUGCUGGUUGCCCAUAAUCCUGUGUGCAAGCUGCCCAAUGAGGAGCGCCAUCAGCCGUCAGCGCACCAGCAGCACCAGCAACACCAGCAGCACCAACACCACCAGCAGCAGCAGCAGCAGCAGCAGCAGCAGCAGCAGUGCGCUCCCCUCCCUCUGACCAUGCGUCCCAUGAGCACCCGGGGCCACAUGAACCAAGUGGUGGUGAAGCAAGAGCCCGAGGAUGAUGAAGAGGAAGUGGGCAAACCUCAGCGCUCCGUCAUCAAGCCCAUCUGUCUGGGCGGAGGCGGCGUCAGCGGAGGGAUGUACUGCAUAGAUGGAGACAGCCUGAACACGCCGGUGGUGGCGGCGUCCACCCCAGCCGCCACGCCCAACGCCCCCAGCCUCAUAUUCACCUACCCGAGCAUGCUGGAGCCCGACAGCCCCUCACCCUCCUCCGAGUCCUGCUCCAAGGCCCACAGGCGCAGCAGCAGCAGCGGAGACCAGUCCUCAGACUCCCUCAACUCCCCCACCCUCCUGGCCCUCUGAGCCCCUGCUCAGCUCGGCUCCCAAACAAACACUGUGGCUGAAGGCAAGCAUGAGGAUCAACUGCCCUCCUCCAGUGUCUUUAAAGACCCAAGAGCACAUUCAAAAGUCCAGACCAAGCUGACCAUGUGAGCCGUUUCCCACUCCGCAGGGAAACCCACAAGGGCUACGCCGUGUGUUUCUUCUUGUUCUGCUUCAGUGUAAAAUUUUUUAUUUGUAAAAGUGUGUGCACCAGUCCUAUAAAGUGUCAUCCUUUUGCCAUUUCAACUCCAGAGUGUCAACUUGUUUACUGGGCAGAGAGUUUUGGAGAAAGAUACGCCUCCAUCUGGCAACUGAAUCGAUGUGACUACAACUAGAGAGCGUGUUUCUGAAUAUAUAUUUUUAAAAAGAUGUUUAAAAGCCAUGCGGCCGACACUUGCACUCCGCCAAGACGAAUCAAUAAAUCACUAAACGAGGUCUGCGUUCUGCGGGAUUUUCUGAGGAGUCAAACAGACGGUGACCAUAGACAUAUUCCUUUCAUCACUUUCCUUUUAGAUCUGUCCUUGAUUCAGGAAUCACAUGAACAUUUCUGAUGUUAUUUCCAUCUCUUUAAUUGUAUUUAUGGCCUGUGCUGAUAUAUUUUACAAUGUGUUUUGUUGAUACAUUGUCCUCUCCUUUAUCUGCCUGUAGAAAAGCAACAUGGUCAUCCUAAGUGGUGACCCAGCACUCCUCAGUGUUGCAAAGGAUACGAGCCAACUUUAAAUCAAUGACUAGUUCCUCAAUACUCUAUACCUUCUAUUUUGCCAUAGUGGCUUGACUUUACAGUAGUAUUGGUGUGCUUUUCCUCAGUGAUUCUGUACCUGAACAUGUUGAUGACAAAGUGUAUGUGAUUUACAUUGAUGUCAGGGAUAUCUCUCAUGUGUAGUCGAACCCCAUCGUGGAGAACAUUGCAGGACUGCAGGCUGAUGUAUGGUCUAGCCAAAGUGUUGCAGAGGCGGUACGGAAUGUGGAGGGAUGUAAAACUCCAUCAAUUCAUGUGUCACAUCCAGAAAGGUUUCUUUUUAAUUUUGCUUUUCAGAGACAUUCUGAAAGUUUGAGCAAAACCCUCCUCCACUAGAUUCUUUUUUUUUUUUUUCUGUUUCUUACAUUCUCUAAACAAAGGUCUUACCUUUUUCAACAGCAGGUCAGGUUUCAAAAGCCAAAAAGCUUUGUAUGACACAUGUAAUCCUGUAAUUCGCCAGUCUUCGUCUAAAAGGAGGAAUUUUUGCUCAAAUCUGAAAAAAGCCACUGUGGUCUAGACUGUCGCCAGCUGCCAAUGAUGUCAACCCUGUUUAUACUGUGUUUGUAAAUCUGUCACUUUUAGUAAAAAAUGAUGUUUAAUUCAGCUCAGAUGUGCUGAUUUCUGGGUGUGUGAACAUAUGCCAACAUCGAGGUACUUGGAAGAAACUUUGUCUAUUGGAAGCCUUAUUGGCUUAAAAACAAAGGCCAGACACGAAUUCACUUUUUUUCAAAAUAAGGAAGGUGAGGAGGACUCUCUCUACAGCUGGCCUGAGACAAAAGAGGGGACACCUUGAGAAGAUGAAAUAUUUCUGAAGUUCUACAAAGCACUUCUUUUACAUUGUUUUUACCUGUGUGUAUCUUAAAGGGAUGAGGGUUUUCAAUACGGUGCACUGAGAAGGACACAACAGCGAUAUAUAUAUAUAUUUUUUGUUUGUUUACUUCAAACAUUCCUAAUGAGUAUAAUGUCAGGGGUCAAAGGGGGAGGGUGUCAUCUUUGCUUGAACACCUUUCUUUGUUAUCCGUGGAAUAAAAGUUGUGGCUGGAAGUCUUUUGUUGCGCUGGAUGCAGAAAACAGACUUUGCGAAUCAAUACAAGCUGCUACUGCUGCUGUCGUUCAUCUGUUUGAGAGGACGUGUCGGCUGUUUAUCUUCAGAUGGUGUUGGGGUUAACGGUUGUGACAUCACACGGGUGAAACGAUAACCAAAAACAUUACUGUGGAUGAGUCUGACAUGUCCGUGUCUUGAGCCCCCUAGACACACAUAGGAAAGCCAUUGACUGUAGAUCUUCUACUGUAUUUGUCAUCUACUGUCUGUCGCCUGUUUUCAACUAUUACUUAUUUUCCAAAUGCUUUAACUGUUUAAAAUGAUUCAAAAUUAAUAAAAACAGCAAUAUGUAUAGCAGUGUUUGUUAAUUUAAAUGAAUAAUAAUAAUAAAUCAUUUUCAACUUGGAA